CACAUGUAUACCAUGAACUAUUGCAGAAUGGCAAGCUAUGAAGAUUUAUCACAAAUCAACAUUUCUAAAGAGGAAAAAGAGAAGCUGGUUGCCGAAGUUAUCCGUUAUGUUCUUUUUCGAACCCACCAAGGAAAUGGAUGCCCCAUAAAGAGGGAAGAAAUAACCCAAUUGAUAACUAAAAGCUAUCACCAAAGAUCUCUUCCAACACUAAUCAUCAAUGAGGCCAAAGAAAAGCUUUCUUUCAUCUUUGGCUAUGAGAUGAAAGAGCUUCAGCGUACACGUCCUUCCUCUAACAGGCAAAGCCGCACUUCUCAGCAGAGUGAGAUUUUCGUACUGCAUUUAAGUAUUCAUGUUCAAUAA